CUUGCAAUCCGACUACGAUCGACCAAGUAUCCAAUUACAUUUCUGUGCGGAAAACAAUCGCUAUUAUACAGAUUCAGGGCCUCAAUGGAAACUCAUCAUGAUUCCCUUCCAAGGGAGUCUUUCCUUCAAAACUGGAAGAAGAUAUUUGUAGCAUCAUGUCUGUUUGCUGUUCUGCUGGAUCCAUUGUUUCUCUACGUUCCUAUGAUGAAGGAUGAUAUCAAGUGCCUGCAAUUUGACAGAAACUUGAAGAUUGCCGCUCUUCUUUUAAGAUCACUCACUGAUCUUUCCUAUUUAUUUGACAUUAUUUUUCAAAUUUAUACAUCCCGCAACUAUUCGGAUUUCAUGCAUGAAUAUCGUCGUAGACAUUAUUAUCGCUCGAAAAUAAGAUAUUGGACGAAAUUUUUUGUGCCAACAAUAACUAAGACAAUGUUGGGGUCAUACAAUAUCUUAAUUGACAUUUUGGCUAUUCUUCCGCUUCCACAGGUUGCAAUUCUCACUUUCUUUUCAAAACUGAGGAACUUGAGAUCUUUGAACACGAUAAGGAUGGUUACUAUGAACCUUUUUGUUCUAUUGCAAUAUGUUCCGCGAGUAUUUCGUAUCUACUUAUUAUGUGAGGAAUUUAAACAGAGAAAGACUGGAGAGAUUGCUAUCUGGGUUAAAGGUGUCUUGAAUUUCUUUAUGUAUAUCCUUGCUAGUCAUGUACUUGGUGCCAUAUGGUACUUUUUUGCUAUUCAACGGAUGGCCAUUUGUUGGCACGAUGCAUGUCGAAAAGAAAAUAAAUGUAACACUAGUAGUUUUGGUUGUCGUGACCAUCACGCAUUUAGAAAUAUUACAUUUCUAAAUGAUAUAUGCCCUAUAAGUCCAGUGAAUGUUGGUAUAUAUAUUACAGUCCUUCAAUCUGGUAUACCGGGGUCAACAAAUUUUUUCCAGAAAUUCUCCAAUUGUUUUUGGUGGGGACUGCGAAAUUUGAGUUCUCUUGGUUCAAACCUUGAGCCUAGCGUGGAUGGAUGGGAGAACCUCUUUGCAGCGUUCAUCUCUAUAACUGGAUUGCUUUUAUUCUUAUAUCUCAUUGGAAAUGUGCAGACAUACAUGCAGUUGGAUACUCAAAGAAUAGAGGCGCAUAGACACAAGAUGAAAAUGGAACAGAAGAUGGAAGAGAAAGGUCGCGAGACAGAGUUGUGGUUAUCUAAAAAUGGCAUCCCCAAAAAGUUCAAGUCGCAGAUCAUGGGGAAGGUACGACAAGAACUUGAAGAAAACAGGGAUGCUGAUUUGGACUAUAUCUUCACUAUUCUUCCCUUGGAUCUUCAGACACGUAUUAAAAUGGAACAGAAGAUGGAAGAGAGCGAGAUAGAGUUGUGGUUAUCUAAAAAUGGCAUCCCCAAAAGCUUCAAGUCGCAGAUCAUGGGGAAGGCACGACAAGAACGUGAUGAAAACAGAGAUGCUGAUUUGGACUAUAUCCUCACUAUUCUUCCCUUGGAUCUUCAGACACGUAUUAAAAAUUGUAUGCCUAUGGCUAGGUUGAAGCAAGUGCCGAUGUUGCAAAACAUGAACGAACAUGUAUUGAGAAGCAUUUGUUCGUAUCUUAAGCACAGGGAGUUUGAUGACAAUUCUAUCAUUAUUAAAAAGGGUGAACCACUUGAAAUGAUGCUAUUCAUUGUGGACGGACAUGUAUCCAUUGAAAAGAGAGAUGGUUCUUCUUCUAAUAAUAAUUUGCAGCAACGAACUCGAGGUGCAGGAGAAGUAUGUGGAGAAGAACUUCUACUUUCGCCAUCGUGGAUCUUAUAUCCUUGGUUCGAAAGACCCUUGGCAACCGAGUCUGCUAAGGCAAUAGGUCAUGUUGAAGCCCUUGUUCUCACGGCUAGCGACUUGGGGGGAGUGGUCAGAAUGCACCAUUUCGUUGGGAUGAUUCGUAGAAUAUUUCGUGCAAAAGAACUUGAGAAGGCAACAGAAAACUACCAUGAAAAUACAAUCAUUCAUGAGGACAGGUAUGCAACCUUUUACAAAGGGGUACUGCUCAUGCCACCAGAUGAUGAAACAGUGGUUGCGAUAAAGAAGUACACAGUUAUUUAUCAUGGAGAUGUAGCUAUUGAGGCGGCUGUUGCUUCUCAGACCAAGCACAUAAAUGUGGUGAGGUUCUUAGGUGGUUGUCUGGAACCAGAGACACGAGCACUGGUUUUUGAGUACAUUCCCAAUGGCACACUUUUUGAGCACAUUCAUAAAGAAGAAGCAGCAGGCAGCUUUGUAGGAUCAUCAUCGCCACCAACUACUCUACUUUCACUGGAGUUACGACUCAAGAUUGCGUCAGAAACAGCUGGAGCACUAGCUUACUUACACUCAUUCAGUCCGCCAUACAUACACCUAUUUUUGUCGUCAAAACAUAUACUAUUGGAUCAUCAUUACACCGCAAAGUUGUCUGCCAUUGGACUGUCGCUAUAUGAAUUCUGGAAUUUCGAUUGUUCACUAAACUCGAGAGAAUACUUUGAUCCUUAUUUUCAAGGAGACAGACUAGCAGAAAAGAGUGACGUCUAUAGCUUUGGAGUUAUCCUAGCGGAGCUACUAACAAGUCAAAAGCCAGCUUCUCCUAACAGCAAAGGGGAAGAGCCACCACUGGCAACCUCUCUUCUAUCCUCAAUGGAAGAGGGUCGCUUGAAUCAAAUUUUGGAUGGUGAAAUAAUAGUCGAUGAAACAACUUCUGAGACGGCCAAAAAGGUGGCGGAUCUGGCAAAAAAAUGUUUAAGGUCAAAAAGGGAGGAAAGGCCUUCCAUGGAGCAAGUAGCCGUGGAGCUUGAGGGAUUGCGCAAAUUUAUGGCAAAGUAUCAAAGGGGAGAACCCAGUUUCUCAAACAGGCCAACCUCUUUGCAACCGUAA